AUGGUAAUCCUGGAUAGGGGAGGGGAAGUAGAAAAAUUAAAAGAUUCACCUGCUCCAUGUCCGCCUUUGGUGUCAUGGAACGCAUGUCCUGACCGAGCUGCCAAUUGCACGGCUGAUCAAACCUGCUCCGGGAAGAAGAUCUGCUGCGCCAGUUCCUGUGGGGAUGUCUGUGUCGACCCACUUCUAACAUCAUGUGAACAUUACCGAAAAUCGGCAGCCCGCCGAGCGAAAAGCUUAGGAACCACGUCGGUUCGGGUUCCUCGUUGUAAAGCUGACGGCGAAUGGGAACGCGUACAAUGCGGCCCUGGCGGUCAAGGCCCUUGCUGGUGCGUCGAUGAAGGAGGAGCUGAACUACCAGCGACCAGAGCACCAUCUAGGGAUCUGGUGAACUGUACCGGUUAG